CUUCAGCUUCCCUGACACCCCUAAGUUUGAGCCUUCAUAUCGAUUUGUAAUUCACCAUGUCAUGGUCUGCUAUACUUUCCCUGACUGUUUACCUUCUUACCACACUCCUCUGUGUUUACGCUGUUGCCAGAGGUUACUCUGAUGCCAAGAAGUGCAGCACUGAAAGAAUCAUUCACAGUUUCGGCGAAGUUCCUAAUGAUUGGAAACCGUUCACAAGGCCUGACUCUCUCCCUUCCAGUUUCGCCACGAUUAUGGUCCUUGCGGUGACCAUAGUCCCUAUUAAAUUCAUUGUCGUUAUAUUCAUCCACGUGGUUGCUCUUAUUGGCCUGUAUACUCUCCCUACCCAAAUUUUCCUCAAGCUUCUAAGCUUGUGCUGUGGCGCCUUGGUCAAGAUAGCAGGUAUCACCGUGCGUGAACAGGGAACUAGGCUUCCAGCUACCGAGGUCCCUACUAUUGUUUCUAACCAUGUAUCAUACUUUGAUAUAUUGAUAAUGCUAUCUCGUAAUGUUCCAGUGGCGUUCGUCGCAAAGAAGUCCGUGGCCGCAUACCCGGUCUCGGGGGAUAUAUGCACUUCACUAGGCAGCGUGUAUGUGAUUAGAGCUAAGGAUUCCAAGGAGAGGAGGCAGGUCAUGAACGCUAUUGGAGACAAGCAAAAACGUGUUAUGGAAGGUAGAUCUCGUUAUCAAUUAUGUGUCUUUGCUGAGGGUACCACAUCUAAUGGAACCUCACUUAUGCAUUAUCAUGAUGGUGCAUUUGAGAGUAUGUUGCCUGUACAACCAUUGUAUAUACAGUACUCCAACCUCAAUAUCAGCUUCACUUGCUUCGACCUGUUACCACACUUCUUCCUGGUCAUGGCCCUUCCCCCAUGGCAUACCAUCACUUGCACAGUUCAUUGGUUGCCUAAGGUCACUCCCGAGCCCAACAGUUCUGUACGUGCUUUUGCUGAGAAGACCAGGCAACAAGUUGCUGUCGCUGGGAAUCUCCACCUCAACAACAAUGCGAGCUACAGGCGCCACGUCGAGCUGGAGAAGUUCUUCUUUGGUGACACUGAAAAGGUUGUUAGUCGUAAAAUGCACGAAAUUGCCGGAGUCGUCGAGGCCAGCAAGGAUGGGGUUAAGGGCUGCUCUCCAGUUCCCACUAAUGCCUAGUUCCUAAGCAGUUCUCUGUUUCUUGACACUAAUCGUCACUAGAAGGCCCACUGUGCCAGAGCCCGGCUAGUCCAGGGCAUUUCCUGUGUAGUAAUGCUAGUCGUGAUGACGGCCCUAAGUGCCAUCACAGUGUAGUAGUAUUGUUUCUGU